AUGGCCUCUCAGAAAAAAACAGAAGAUCUUGAGAAGGAUAUUUUCGGCUCGAAUUCAGAGCUUUCCUCUGAUGAAGGCUCAGACGUCGAGAUGCCGGCUUCGCGCAAGGCGAAGAAGGUGAAGAUUGCGGGGGGCGCACACGGGGGGAGAGCCUCUUCAGAAUCAGGAGGGGAGGACUACAUUCGUGAAAGAAGAACGACAAAGAAGCGAAAGCCGCGUGCUGCAGUGGACGGUGACGACGAGGCGCCAAAGAAGAAACGGAAGAAGAAAGCUGCGAGUCCAAAGCCUGAAAUUGAGCUGACAGAGGAACAAUGCAAUUUUGCUCGUAUAGUGCGCAAAUUGGAACUUGACAAGAAGAUCAAAGACGUAUUGAAACCCGCAAAGCGAGCGAAGAAGAGAACGAAAGCGAACGAAGACGACCUGGACAAGAUUGCAGAUGACUAUGUGGCUGCUCUCCGCGUCGAGAUGAUGGUUGCAGCGAAUGAAGAUAAAGAGGCUCACAAAGAAGGGAUUCCUGCUGUUGCCAAACUGCGCAUGCUGCCUCGCGUGAUGGACACCCUGCAAAAGAGACAGUAUGCGACUGCAAUCAUGGAUCAAGACUUGCUCGGUGCUUGCAAAGUUUGGUUGGAGCCAUUGGACAACAAAUCUUUGCCAGCGUUGAACAUCCAAAAGGAACUCUUUGAACACUUCCGAAAGAUGACUAUCGACACCGAAACUCUACGAGAAUCCGGGCUCGGCCGGAUCGUAUUAUUCUACACCAAAUGCACACGAGUCCUAGAACCGAUUCAACGUAUCGCCUCAGAACUCGUCGAUGCAUGGACACGACCCAUCCUCAAACGAUCCGCCUCGUACUUUGACAAAGUUGUGCCAAUGGCGAGCGCAGAAGACAUGGAGAGCGUCCGGACGCAGAUGCCGAAACUCGCGACGAUUCUCAAAGAAGCACGCGUCGCUGAAGCGGGAAGAGUACGCAAGCAUGCCGUCGCGGUUCCAGAGCGGAGCAAUACGACGUACACAGUCGCACCACGAAUGUCGGCCAGUCUCCUCUCGAGAACACCUGGUGAUGAUACUCUUGCGGUUCGGAGGAACAAUCGUGAAAUGUUGCGGAGGAUUCAGAGAAAGAUGGAGAAGACUGGCAAGGCGUAA